AGAAAGAGUUCCUCUUGCUUUAGCUUGUUCCUUCCUGAACUGAGAACCGAAUUGAAAGUACCCAUAGCAGUUCCAUCCUUGGCGUACGUUUUUGUUCUUCUCUGGAGAAUCCGCUGCAAUACCCGACUCUUUCGCGCUCUGGGCCGAACAUCCUCGGACUCGAGUACGAGGUGUCGUCUGUGGAAACUCCCCCCCUCUCCCUGUCUGCGAGACCCAGACAGGCCCGGGCCGCCUCGAGGAAACCAGAGCGCAAGACACAAAUCUCUCAAGGGAGAGGAGGAAACGAUGCAAAAUGCGGUGAUGCGUUUUGUAGAAAGUUUAGUUCUUACUGAAGUAGUGACCCCAUUUGUUGCCAAACAUCUAGCUAGUCCGCAAGUCCGAAACUAGCCCUGCGUAGAUUUGGCCGGCUUGCGAGCUAGCCAGAUAACGGGAAUUAUCUAGCUAGCUAUCUAGCCAGCUAGCCUAACCGUUAUUACGAGAUGGUGAUAGCCUCCAACAGCUCUUGACAUGCAUAGAUAGCUGCUUGCUAGUUCUCUGACACUUGAUUAGCUACUAGCUGGCUAGCUUAGAACAUUUGCUCGUUAGCGGUUCCAUGUUUUUAGUUUAUUAAUCCCUUCAUGAAAGUUUCGGCGGACAAAAUACCUUUGGUAAACUAAGACGCCAGUUAUUUUUCCUGCAUAACGUUACUUAAAGGGACUAUAUAAUAGCUUGUUUGCCAGUUGUCAAAAAUAGCUUAGUAUCAACUUGCUGGCUAACUAAGGCGAUUUAACUUGCUGCAACGAGUGAAGAUCAAGGUAACGUUGGGUGGUUAGGUCUUGUUUGUAUAAUUCGUAUACAAAUAACUUCUUGAAUUAAGCUAAGUCUGUGUAAGGACCUAAAACCUUAAGUGGACAUGGCCCCAAAAAGAAGACCGGGUCCCCUAACCAUUACACCCACCGGAGACGGUCAGCCGGCGUCAACCACCAUCGACGCCGCCUCAGAGGCCAACCUGGAGGCCCUGCAGAAGAAGCUGGGCGAGCUGGACCUGGACGAGCAGCAGAGGAAGCGCCUGGAGGCCUUCCUCACCCAGAAAGCCAAGGUGGGCGAACUGAAGGACGACGACUUCCACCGCAUCUGCGAGCUCGGAGCCGGCAACGGCGGCGUGGUCAACAAGGUCCGCCACAAGCCCUCCAGCCUGGUCAUGGCCAGGAAGCUGAUCCAUCUGGAGAUCAAGCCGGCGAUCAGGAACCAGAUCAUCCGCGAGCUGCAGGUUCUGCACGAGUGCAACUCGCCCUACAUCGUGGGCUUCUACGGGGCCUUCUACAGCGACGGCGAGAUCAGCAUCUGCAUGGAGCACAUGGAUGGGGGCUCGCUGGAUCAGGUGCUCAAAGAAGCCAGAAGAAUCCCAGAGGAAAUUUUGGGCAAAGUCAGCAUAGCUGUUCUCAGAGGCCUGGCCUACCUGCGGGAGAAGCACCAGAUUAUGCAUAGAGACGUCAAGCCCUCCAACAUCCUGGUGAACUCCCGCGGAGAGAUCAAGCUGUGUGACUUCGGCGUGAGUGGCCAGCUCAUCGACUCCAUGGCCAACUCCUUCGUGGGAACGCGCUCGUACAUGUCGCCGGAGAGACUGCAGGGCACGCACUACUCCGUGCAGUCGGACGUGUGGAGCAUGGGCCUGUCGCUGGUGGAGCUGGGCAUCGGGCGCUACCCCAUCCCCCCGCCCGACGCCAAGGAGCUGGAGGCUAUUUUUGGCCGGCCCGUGCUGGACGGGGCGGAGGCUGAGAUGCACAGCACCUCCCCGCGACCCAGGGUCCCGGGACGGCCCGUUAGCGGCCACGGGAUGGACAGCCGCCCGGCCAUGGCCAUCUUCGAGCUUCUGGACUACAUCGUCAAUGAGCCGCCUCCCAAGCUCCCGCAUGCCGUCUUCACCUCCGACUUCCAGGAUUUUGUGACGAAAUGCCUCAUCAAAAACCCUGCGGAUCGAGCUGACCUGAAGAUGCUCAUGAACCACACGUUCAUCAAGCGGUCGGAGGUGGAGGAGGUGGACUUUGCCGGCUGGCUGUGUAAAACCAUGGGUCUGCACCAGCCCAGCACCCCCACCCGUGGUGCUGUCUGAACAGUGAACGGCCCUGCCUGCUUCUCACCAACAGUCACACACACACACACACACACACACACACACACACACAGAGCCCUGUCUGCCUGCUUCUCACCAACAGUCUCUCAGACAUGCACACACACACACACACACCCAGCCAUGCUUGCCUGAUUUUCACCAACCGUCUCUGUCGCACACACACACACACACACACACACACACAAAUAUCUUUCCUCAUACAUGCACGUUUGAUUUGGGGAGGGAACAGUUCCACGGUCCUCUGAAGCUGCCGACAUCCUUCUCAGCUGUUUCACCGUUAGUCAUUUCUGAUUUCACAUCCACAAGGUAAUGACAACGCUGGUCCCACCCAACAUCAGUUCAUCCACGCGGCUCUUGGAAAUGUUUAUAUUCGUACUGCUACAUUUAAAAUUGAUCGUUCCAUUCAGAUCUUAAUUUUUCACAAAAUUGAUGCACUUAUAGAAUCCUGUGAAAACACAGAAAGCUCUUAACCGGUUUCCUUAAAGUGUUCAAGCCAUCGAAAUGGUAAAUAAAAAAAUGCCUCUCUCUGCAUUGUUAGCAUUUUCCCAGCAUGCAAUUCCCUGGUUCCAAGCCUUUCUUAAUGCCAUUCUGUUGCCAUCAGGGUAAAACUCCGUUAGAUGAAUCAGGACUAGAAUGAAUUCCGUUAGAUGAAUCAGGACUUGGCAAAUGAAUUAACGGUGCGUUUUUAAUGCCGAAAGGUAUUUUUUGUGAAGGCCAGUGUGUGAAAAUGAUAUAAAAUCAUGUAGAAAGAGAGUAUGUUUUGAGUGAAUGCUAAAGUCUUGGUACACGGUACAUUGAAUUGAUUUAAGUCUCAAAUCAGGGCUGAAUCAUUUGAGAUGAUUGUGAAGAUGUUUCACUAUUCAUAAGGGAGAGAGAAUAACCGAAAUGCGCCUCAAACCUACACACAUUUCACUGCCAUAUUUUCCCUGCUUUUAAAAGAAUAACGUAGCGUCCGCAAAGCCUGAAUGGUUUUCCCCUUAAUCCGGUUUGAAUUCCUGAGACUCUGCCCAGGACAUCUCCGUUUGUAAAUUAUCUUCUUCAGAGCCUCUCCGUUUCCGCACAGUGAAACCACCUAGCAUUCAGGUAUUUAAACUGCAAGUUAAUGCGACUAGGUUUUAAACGGAAUGGCUGUUUAAUGGAAAUACUGUUCACAAGCUCCCCUGAAGGUUUACGCUUUUUUGGCGGAGUUGUAUUCCCGGGUUGUAGUGUAGUGAAACCAUCCGCAAAUUGUGAAAUUCGGUUGUGGGGAAAGGAGUAUAUAUAUUUUUUUUUUACUGAAAAGGAGUUUCAAGCCCGCGUUUGUCGACCAUGAUGCUUAAUCGCCCUUUUCCUUUGCCAGUCAUCGCUAAAUAUAACCUAGUUUAGAAGCAUAAAUAUUUGUACGCGGGACGCUAGUAACGGUUGUAAUGUAGGCCAGGCUUCCUGGGAUUCUUGAGGGCCUGGGUUGACUGCACCUUCCAAUUGAGGCCUGCAAGUUAAAGGGUGAGCUCCUGAAAUGGCCCCUGGGUCUUGGUGCCAACCAACAUGUUUACUUCUUCCGACAGGAAGACCCAUAAACGGCAAAAACCCUUUUGACCAAUGAACAGGCUGCUUUCUCCCCUGUGUCAUCCUGUACCCCCCUCUGAUAGGCUACGACUCAGAGGCCAACAUUGAGCGAUAAGUUAUCAUGUCGGCGUGUAAAGUCUGUCGGAAGUUGGGCUACAUUUCUGGGACUGCCUUUCCCCCCCCCCCCCCCACGAGCAUCUUGGCAAUCUACUAACCUGGAGGACCAUCGUAAGCAGACUCCGAUGGGUCACAGAAUGUUUGCGUACCAUGGACACCCUCCCGGCUGUUUCUGUGCACAACGGUCGCUUGCUAACCACCCCCCGAUUUAUGUCAGGGGG